CAGUUACGGUGGUAGAAAUAAGAGGAACCUGUUGUUUCUGCAAACCUCAUGUGUUGGGUGGCUUCAAUAGUCACGCUCCUCCUCCCACCCGCCAACCUUGUCUUUGCACUUGGAAACUCCAGGGCUGGCAGCCUGGAGUCUCCGUGACUCUACACCUCCUGCAGCCCAUGCAUCUCUUCAUCUCAGAAGACUCCAGAUACAGAAUCGCUCCAUGCAAUCAAUAAAGUUGAUGCUAUGGGGCCCAUCUCUGGCUGACCUUGCUGCCUCUCUUGCUCUGCUCUCUUCAACCAGACCUCUGUCCAUUUUGGAAGAAGAUUAAAAAUGGUGUUCCCAAUGUGGACAUUGAAGAGACAAUGUCUUAUCCUCUUUAACAUGAUCCUGAUUUCCAAACUUGGGGCUAGAUGGUUUCCUAAAACUCUGCCCUGUGAUGUCAGUCUGGAUCUUCCAGAGACCCAGGUGAUCGUGGACUGCACAGACAAACAUUUGAAGGAAAUUCCUGGAGGUAUUCCUACCAACACCACCAACCUCACCCUCACCAUUAACCACAUCCCGAGCAUCUCUCCAGCGUCCUUCCACCAGCUGGACCAGCUGGUAGAAAUAGAUUUCAGAUGCAACUGUGUACCUAUUCUACUUGGGCCGAAAGACAACAUGUGCCAUGAGAGGCUGCAGAUUAAACCCGGAAGCUUUAGUAGACUCACUUCUUUAAAAUCUCUUUACCUGGAUGGAAACCAGCUUCUGGAAAUACCUCUGGGUCUUCCUCCCAGCUUACAGCUGCUGAGCCUUGAAGCCAACAGCAUCUUUUCGAUCAUGAAAGAGAAUCUAACAGAAUUGGACAACAUAGAAAAACUGUACCUCGGCCAAAACUGUUAUUACCGCAAUCCUUGCAAUGUUUCAUUUUUCAUUGAACAAGAUGCUUUCCAAAAUCUGCUAAACUUAAAAUUGCUCUCCCUGAAAGAUAACAAUAUCACAGCUGUCCCCACUGUUUUGCCACCUACUUUAACAGAACUCUAUCUUUACAACAACAUCAUUGCAAAGAUCCGUGAAGACGAUUUUAGUAACCUCAGUCAACUGCAAAUUCUUGACCUAAGUGGAAACUGCCCUCGUUGUUAUAAUGUGCCAUUUCCUUGUACACCCUGUGAGAAUAAUUCUCCCCUACAGAUCCAUGAAAAGGCUUUUGAUGCAUUGACAGAAUUACAAGUUUUACGUCUACACAGCAACUCUCUUCAGAAUGUGUCCCAAAGAUGGUUUAAAAACAUCAACAAACUUAAGGAACUAGAUCUUUCCCAAAACUACUUGGCAAAAGAAAUUGGGGAUGCCAAAUUUUUGCAUCUUCUUCACAACCUUGUCCAACUGGAUCUGUCUUUCAAUUAUGAACUUCAGGUCUAUCAUGCAUUUAUGAAUCUAUCAAGUGCAUUUUCUUCACUGAAAAACCUGAAAGUUUUGCGGAUCCAAGGAUACGUCUUUAAGGAGCUGCAACUCUAUAACCUUUCCCCAUUACAUAAUCUUUCCAAUCUUGAAGUUCUUGAUCUUGGCACUAACUUUAUAAAAAUCGCUGACCUCAGCAUAUUUAAACAAUUUAAAACAUUGAAACUCAUAGAUCUUUCAAUGAAUAAAAUAUCCCCUUCAGGAGAUUCAAGUGAAGUUGGCUUCUGUUCUAACACCAGAACUUCUGUAGGAGCCCAUGGGCCCCAGGUCCUUGAACAGUUACAUUAUUUCAGAUACGAUGAGUAUGCAAGGAGUUGCAGGUUCAAAAACAAAGAGUCUCCUUCUUUUUUUCAUGUUAAUGAAGAGUGUCAUUCGUAUGGGCAGACUUUGGACCUAAGUAGAAAUAAUAUAUUUUUUAUCAAGUCCUCUGAUUUUCAGCAUCUUUCUUUCCUCAAAUGCCUAAACUUGUCAGGAAAUACCAUUGGCCAAACUCUUAAUGGCAGUGAAUUUCAGCCUUUAGUGGGGUUGAAGUAUUUGGAUUUCUCUAACAACCGGCUUGAUUUACUCUACUCAACCGCAUUUAAUGAGCUACGCGAACUGGAAGUUCUAGAUAUAAGUAGUAACAGCCAUUAUUUUCAAUCAGAAGGAAUUACUCACAUGCUAAACUUUACCAAGAACCUAAAGGUUCUCAAGAAACUGAUGAUGAAUAACAAUGACAUCUCUACCUCCACCAGCAGGACCAUGGAGAGCGAAUCACUUAAAGUUCUGGAAUUCAGAGGAAAUCAUUUGGAUGUUUUAUGGAGAGAUGGUGAUAACAGAUACUUAAAAUUCUUCAAGAAUCUGAUAAAGUUAGAGGAAUUAGACAUCUCUGCAAAUUCCCUGAGUUUCUUGCCUUCUGGAGUUUUUGAUGGUAUGCCUCCAAAUCUAAAGACUCUCUUUUUGGUCAAAAAUAGGCUCACGUCUUUUGAUUGGAAGAAACUCCAGUCUCUGAAGAAUUUAGAAACUUUGGACCUCAGCCACAACCAGCUGAAGACUGUCCCUGAGAGAUUAUCCAACUGUUCCAGCAGCCUCAAGAAACUAAUUCUUAGCAAUAAUCAAAUCAGGUGUCUGACAAAGUAUUUUCUCCAAGGUGCUUUCCAGUUGCGAUAUCUGGACCUCAGCUCAAAUAAAAUCCAGAUUAUCCAAAAGACUAGCUUUCCAGAAAACGUUCUCAACAAUCUGGAGAUGUUACUUUUGCAUCAUAAUCGGUUUCUGUGCACCUGUGAUGCUGUGUGGUUUGUCUGGUGGGUUAACCAUACAGAGGUGACUAUUCCUCACUUGGCCACAGAUGUGACUUGUGUGGGGCCAGGAGCACACAAGGGCCAAAGUGUGAUCUCUCUGGAUCUGUAUACCUGUGAGUUAGAUCUGACUAACUUGAUUCUGUUCUCACUUUCCACAUCGGCAGCUCUCUUUCUGAUGGUGGUUAUGACAGCAAGCCACCUCUAUUUCUGGGAUGUGUGGUAUAGUUACCAUUUCUGUAAGGCCAAAAUAAAGGGGUAUCAACGUCUGAUAUCACCAGAAUCUUGCUAUGAUGCUUUUAUUAUAUAUGAUACUAAAGACCCAGCAGUGACAGAGUGGGUUUUGGAUGAGCUGGUGGCCAAAUUGGAAGACCCAAGAGAGAAACAUUUUAAUUUAUGUCUUGAGGAAAGGGACUGGUUACCAGGGCAGCCAGUUCUGGAAAACCUUUCCCAGAGCAUACAGCUUAGCAAGAAGACCGUGUUUGUGAUGACAGACAAGUAUGCAAAGACUGAAAAUUUUAAGAUAGCAUUUUACUUGUCCCAUCAGAGGCUCAUGGAUGAAAAAGUGGAUGUAAUUAUCUUGAUAUUCCUUGAGAAGCCCCUACAGAAGUCCAAGUUCCUCCAGCUCCGAAAGAGGCUCUGUGGGAGUUCUGUCCUUGAGUGGCCAACAAACCCACAGGCUCAUCCAUACUUCUGGCAGUGUCUGAAAAAUGCGCUGGCCACAGACAAUCAUGUGACCUAUAGCCGGGUGUUCAAAGAGACAGUCUAGUCUUCUUUGGAAAAUGUGACUACCUAACUAAUGAAGGAGAAGCUUGGCUGUCUAGAUUUUCUCAAAGAUGUCUCACCAAGCAUGUUUUUAAGUUCUCCAUGACUUGGGAUUGCCAAUAUCGCAGAGGUGUCAUCAGUGUAUGACAAAGGAAUUGGAAAAAUGGGAUUUAUAUAAUGCACUGAGUUGUCUUAUCUCUCUAUGUCUCCAUCGGCACUUGAGUCUCUCCCUUCUGCUCCUGUAUAAAAUACAAUUGGGGGAAGGGUAGCAAGAAGAGAUGGGGCUCUUGAUUCUUCUGUAAUUGAUUAUUAAAUAUACACAGAAUCAUGAAAUGGAGAACUGCACUUCCACCCUUAAAAGUACUGGUAUGUAUAUAAGUAGGGUAAAAAAAUGCUCAGGGUCUGUCUACAUGGCAUCAAAAUAUACCAGAGUUAAUUAGUGAACUAAAAACCCAGUUAA